GGCAUAAUACAUAAAUGAAUAUUCAAACUUGGCCUACUGACAAGUAACCACUCCAACUUUGAGAAUGCGUCCUUCCUUAUUUUCUCCAUUCUUUUGGUUUGUUUGUGUCAUUUUGUUUCAAAUGAUUUGGUUUCUUACGACAAUACAAAUACGUGAAAUGGAUACUUCUUAAUUAUUGGAUGAUUAGUUCCUGUCUCUGCUAACAGAAACUGAUUAGAAUUGGUUCUCAACAAUUAUUCUUAUGAUUUAUCUUGUCUGUCUGCCUUUAUGGCUUUCUUUUCUAAAAGUUACUUCUUUAUUGGUAAUCAGUGAUAGAGGGAAGUUCAACCCAAAUAAUUGGUUGUUAAACAGAGAGAAAUAACUGUGAACUGAUAGAUAUCUACAUUAACAAUGUAUUCAUAUAUGUCCUUUCACCUUUGCACUUGGAUGUUUAGCUUAAAUUAGUUUUUGUUUCUGCCUUGUAAAUGGCCGGUUUCUUAAGAGUAUUGCCUUUGUCCGUGGUUGAGUAUAUUAUACUUCACCUCAGUAAAGUACCUGACAUUUUGUUUAAACUUACAUUCACAGAUCUCCCUGUUUGAGUCUUGGAGCAUAUUGGAGGUAUGAGAUGGACUUUUUAGGCUGCCUAAGGGACUGAAAUAGAUAUGCAAAAGUAUCUCUUCUUUUAGCAACAGGAUGAAGAUUAGGAAAUUGUUGCGGAAAAUAAUUGCUAUUCUGAUGUUCAGAAUUGACUGGAAGAAGCUGGUUUUCAUUGGUGCUAUUCUGACAGUAUUUAGGAUAAUAUUUCAAAUUUCUACACUUCCUUAUCCUCUUACAGAAUGGAUUCUCUUCCCACCAUCGGAGAUUUCAUCUUCCCAAAAUUUGAAUCAUGAAAAGAACUUAAGGGAACUUCCAGUAAGUCCAGAUAUCAGGUUUAACCUUAGUCAGCAUGCCCCCCUAGUUGUUUCACUCAACUCUACAGAUGGACUGAGUGAAACACUGCAAGUUCUGGAAAGACGAGAACAAAUUUCGAGACAGCGGAAAAGUAGGAAGCAUGUGAAUGCAGUAGAUAAAGUUAUUUUCCCUUCUUCACCUGUUAGAAACGUGUCCAACUAUAUGCUGAGAUACACAGCAUCUUCGACUCCAGAUGAGGCACUUGCAUAUGCCAAACAAGAGAUUGAGAAUGCCCCACUAGUUAAGGAUGAUCAGGACUUGUAUACUCCUCUAUUCAGGAAUGUCUCUGUAUUUAAGAGGAGCUAUGAGUUGAUGGAGCUUAUACUCAAAGUUUACAUUUACAAAGAAGGGAAAAGGCCGAUUUUUCAUCAACCUUAUCUUAGAGGAAUUUAUUCAUCUGAGGGAUGGUUCAUGAAGCUGAUGGAAGAUAGUCACCAGUUUGUGACAAGGGAUCCACAAAAGGCUCACCUGUUCUAUCUGCCAUAUAGCGCACGUCAGUUACAAAAGGCACGAUAUGUGGUGAACUCACAUGAUCUUAAGCCGUUAUCAGUAUUCCUGCGGAACUACGUGAACAUGCUAGCUUCAAAGUAUCCUUUCUGGAACCGCACAUGUGGGUCAGAUCACUUUCUUGUUGCUUGCCAUGAUUGGGGACCUUAUACUCUGAAGGAUCAUGAGGAUCUGAGUAGAAACACUAUAAAAGCUCUCUGCAAUGCAGAUAUAUCUGAAGGAAUAUUUGUUUCUGGGAAGGACGUUUCCCUUCCCGAGACCACUAUUAGGAAUCCUAGGAGGCCUCUUAGAAACCUCGGUGGAAAAAGAGUGUCACAGCGCCCGAUUCUUGCCUUUUUCGCUGGAAAUAUGCAUGGUCCGGUACGUCCCAAACUUCUCAAAUAUUGGAGGGACAAAGAUGAAUCCAUAAGAAUUUACGGGCCUCUACCCCAUAGAGUCUCAAAAGUUAUGUCUUAUCCUGAACACAUGAAAUCAAGCAAGUAUUGCCUUUGUCCGAUGGGUUAUGAAGUGAACAGCCCAAGGAUUGUCGAGGCAAUAUAUUAUGAGUGUGUUCCGGUUAUCAUCGCUGAUAAUUUUGCGCUUCCAUUCAGCGAAGUACUUAAUUGGACUGCUUUUUCUGUGGUUGUUUCUGAGAAAGAUAUUCCUAGGCUAAAGGAUAUUUUAUUAAGUAUACCUCUGAGACGUUACCAGAUCAUGCAAAAUAAUGUCAAGAUGUUGCAGAAGCAUUUUAUUUGGAAUUCAAAACCGACUAGAUAUGAUCUGUUCCAUAUGAUUUUGCAUUCAAUUUGGGUUAGCAGGCUCAACCAACUUCAAGUAUCGGAGAUAUCAUAAUUCCUUGAGUUCUAGUUGUUCCAACAUGAUGGUCUGUUAGCUUAUCAAUUUGGAUGUUGAUAUGCAAAACAUUUCAAGAGCUGCAGCCGGUUCAGUUCUCUUAACAUGUGUACUUGGAAUGAUCUCAUCGAAUGCUUCUGCCACAUUUGGCUAGAAAAAACAAACUAGCUGGCUGUGCAAGGCUGCCAUUCUAUAAAGGAAUUUAGUCAGAGAGAUUACAUCUGUUCCAUAAACCGAGCAGAAACUGCUUUUUGUACUUUGACAGAAAGAGUUGCCCGCAGAAGACUAACUC